AGAUGAAAGGGUGGUUUGGUUGUCUAAUCGUUUUUGGCCUCAUAAAGCUUCCAUCUUUUCACUCUUCGUUGGGUCAAAAAUUACAGGUUAUUGAUAGAGAGAGCACAGUGUUCUGUUCUCCACUGCUGCUGAAAAGGCUACCCCCUUCCCACCCCCAAACACCUUCAUAAAUAACCUCUCAGCUACCUAAACCUUCCACUCGAAUUUGGUAACUCCGCACCCAUAGCUCAAACUCAAGCCUCUCCCUUCUCUCUGGGUUCCCACAUUUGUAAUCGGAUUCUGAUCCCUACCCAAUUCCUGCUUCUGUGGGACUCCGGUCGCCGGAAAUGGAUCCUCCACUUGUAAAUGAAUCGUCCUUCUCCGCUGCGAACCCAUCUGCCUACAGCUUGGCCGCGAUUUGGCCUUUCGUCGGGGAGCAAGCCGGAAGUGCAUUGGGGCUCCGGAUGGGUAGUUUGGGUCACAAUCUUGGUGGGUUUCUCGAGACUUCCACCAAUCGCGACGGGUCAAUGGAGGAAUCGACGGUGACGGAGCAGAGUGUCGGCGGUGGGAGGAAGAGGAAGGACGUGAGCUCGGAGGACGAGUCUUCCAAAAUGGUUUCCACCAGCAGUGCUAAUCAAUUGAGUAACUCAAAUGGUAAACGGAUGAAAGUAUUGGAAUCCAGAGAUGAAAAUGGUGGUUUAAAAGCUGAAGUAGAACCUAUCUCGGCGGAUAGUAAAAAACCGAUCGAUCAAAGCCCGAAACCUUCUGAACCACCAAAAGAUUACAUCCAUGUGAGAGCAAGAAGGGGCCAAGCUACUGAUAGUCAUAGUUUAGCAGAAAGAGCAAGAAGAGAGAAGAUCAGUGAGAGGAUGAAAAUUUUGCAGGACUUGGUUCCAGGUUGUAACAAGGUUAUUGGAAAAGCACUUGUCCUCGAUGAGAUAAUAAAUUAUAUCCAAUCAUUGCAACGGCAGGUCGAGUUCCUCUCCAUGAAGCUUGAAGCUGUGAAUUCCAGGAUGAACAUAAGCUCUGGCAUUGAAGGUUUUACUGUAAAAAAUAUUGUCAAUCAACCAUACGAUACAGCAGGAAUAUUAUAUGGUUCACAAGCAGCAAGAGAAUAUACUCAAGGUGCACAACCUGAAUGGUUACAUAUGCAGAUUGGUGGAAGUUUUGAAAGAACAUCUUAGACCUCUAUAGGCAUCUUAUAAUCAAAUGUCAAGAUUAAUUUGGCUCCCUUAUUUAGUUCAUUAGAUAUAUUCUAUACGUUUGAUCAUUUGGUAUCAAAUACUUGUAUUAUCUGCAGAAACUGAACCUACUUCCAAUUUGUGUCUUACUAACUAGUAAUGUGUACUGCAGUUGUACUGGAGAGAACAUACUAAGCUUCCCUUACUGCUCUUAAAUUGAGUAACAGAAGAAUUCUGGUUUCUUUAAAUUCAUACAGUUUCCAUUUUUUUCA